AUGAAUGACAUAGAAUUAAAUUUCACCAAUAAUCAAAAUGUUGCAGCCACUUCUCUUGGAUUAAUCCAUCAUCAAACAAAACUAGAUGUGUUUAUCAUCAAGGCAUUUAGUUUGCUUACCAACAGAUCUAUUAUAGACAGUAAUGGAUUCAAUAGUACGGUAAAUUCUCCUCAGACAGCAGUACCGUCCACUUCAAACUCUAAAUCAGGAACCCCAAAUGAUAGUAACUCAAAAGUAAACACCCCAUCACAAGGUAAGGUUGAUGUUGUCAAUCAAACCGGUACUACUUCCUCCAUGACUAGUACUGGACCUGUUAAGACUGAGACACAAGAACAGCCAAAUCAAAAUAGUACAAUUUUCCAGACCCGGGCUCAAUUCAUUCCAAUAUUCCAGAAAAUAUCAGCUAUAUACAAUGCUACAUUAACAAAUAUUCCCAUCGAUGAGAAAUCGACGUCCCCAAAAUCAGCAAUAGAAUUAUUCCAGAGGUUACAUCAAAUUAUUCGUGAAUUAACUCUGAGUUAUUCAUCGUCUCCAUAUGUAGGGUAUUUUAAUGGAUUGAAGGAUCAUAUGUGGGAAAUUAAACCAGAUUCAGAAUUUAUUUCUGAUAGAUUAUGGCAAUUGGCAACAACUAGUAUAUUAACAGUUUUCAAUGCUGAAACUGGAAUUAUGAUAAAUCAAAACUUACGCAAUAAAAGAAUUAAUUCUUCAAAUUCUUCCCCUAACAAUUCAGGUUCUAAUACAGAAGGACCCACGGGGAACAAUACUGCGGAGACUACACCUACCUCCUUAAUUAACUCUACAACUACGACAUUAACGAACAAUGGCAAUAAUGCAGGACAAGCGCCUAAGAGAGUCAAGAAAAAGUAUACUAGAAAGAAGAAUGUAAGUGCUAAAAAGAUACAAAAUGGGAAAAAUAUAAAUACCCAGGGUCCACGUCACUCUACAUCGGUAAUACCAGAUUUUCCGCUCAAUCAAACUGAUCCAUUAACGACCAAUAUAAAUGGUCAGCAGCAAGCAUCACAACAACAAUCGCUUAAUAUGAAUAUGGACGCCUCGUUACCACAUAUUUUACAAAAGAGACUCCAGAAUGUUUCCCUUGAUAUAAAUUCAAGGUCACUAGGAGGAUAUUAUACUCAACCUACAAGUCCGGGUUCAGAUGUAAAUACAUUUGAAUUUGGAUUAGCUCCAAAUGAUUACAACUCAACCGAUUAUAAUGCUGCUCUCCAAAACGCAACAAUAAAUUCUAAUUCCAAUGUUAAUACAGAUAAUACUAAUUUGAUAGGAAAUAAUACUUCCAUGAAUAUGAACAAUAAUUCAUUAAAUUCAUCAAUAUGGAAGCGAAGAUCCAUGGGAGCAUUGAAUGGAACUGUAAUAGAUGGAGAAGAUACAGUUGAUGAUUUAUUACAAUUUUCCAAUUCUUUGAAGAAUAAAAAUAAUCAUGCAAGUAUUUCUGUCAUGGAUAAUACCUUAAGUAACCCUGGGACAGGUGUUCAAAUUGGGGCCGAGAAUAAUUUACAAAAUAAUGAAGCUAAAAAUGGACAGGAUAUGAUAUUGGUGGAACAUGUAUCAAGAUUAUUAAAACAGUCGUACGGGUCGUUGUUGAAUGAGAAGGAUCAAAGGAUAUCGCAGUUAGAAAGAGAAUUAGAAUUGCAAAGAAAUGAGACUCAAUGGUUAAGAAAAAUGCUUAUUGAAGACAUGGGAUGUGUCAGAAGUUUAUUGAGUAAUACGAGAAAAUAA